CGCGCGCACUAUCGCGCUCCAGAGCCGUCUGGGCUACCCUCGCCGGACAGGAUGGAGGCGGACGGGGACCGGGAGGAGCUGUCCCACCUGCGCUCGGUCUUCGCUGCCUGCGACGCGAACCGCUCGGGGCGCCUGGAGCGCGAGGAGUUCGGCGCGCUGUGUGCGGAGCUGCGCGUGCUGCCGGCCGACGCCGAGGCCGUGUUCCAGCGGCUAGACGCUGACCGCGACGGCGCCAUCACCUUCCAGGAGUUUGCGCGCGGCUUCAGUGGGUUCCGCCGCGGGGGGCGGUGCCGAGGCUGGGCUCCCCGGGACCCCGCGCCCGCCUCAGCCCAGGCGGGGCCCGACUCCGAGGACAGCGAAGAGGACGAGGGCGACGGGGACGCGCUGGCAGCCCCCUGGGGUCGGGCGAGUCCCGGCCAGGCUUGGCAGGACUUCCAGGCGCGACUUGGAGACGAGGCCAAAUUCAUCCCCAGAAAAGAGCAAGUUAGUACCUUAUAUCUAAACAUCAACCUUGUGGAGCCAAGACUAAUUCAGCCAUACGAACACGUUAUAAGGAACUUUAUCCGCGAGAUCAAACUGCAGAGCACAGAAAUGGAAAACCUGGCCAUUGCGGUGAAGAGAUUCUUUGCCUCAGACUGCUUUAUCACAUGUAUGACUUCGGGUCUCUUUGUGGUCUUAUCUCUUAAUGACCAGUUUAGUAACUGUUUGGAGGUCAUAUUCAACAGAGAAAAACGUAAGGCUGAGGAAGCCCUCAGUGACCUCAGACGUCAGUAUGAAACAGAAGUAGGGGAUUUACAGGUGACAAUAAAGAAACUCAAAAAGCUAGAAGAACAGUCGAAACACAUAAGUCAAAAAGAAGAUGUGGCUGCAUUAAAAAAGCAAAUUUAUGAUUUAUCAAUGGAAAAUCAGAAAGUUAAGAAAGAUCUUUUAGAAGCACAGACAAACAUAGCCUUUCUUCAGAGUGAAUUAGAUGCUUUGAAAAGUGAUUAUGCCGAUCAGACUCUGAAUUCAGAAAGGGAUCUGGAAAUAAUCCGAGAGUACACAGAAGAUCGAAAUAGUCUUGAGAGGCAAAUUGAAAUACUCCAAACAGCUAACCGGAAGUUACAUGACAGUAAUGACGGCCUUAGGAGUGCCCUUGAAAACAGUUACAGCAAGUUCAACAGAUCUUCGCGCAUAAAUAAUAUAUCACCAGGGAAUACAAUUUCUAGAAGCAGUCCCAAAUUUGAUGGUCAUUCUCCUCAUCCUCUGGGCUAUGACAGGUCAUCCCGCUCCUCCUAUGUGGAUGAGGACUGUGACUCGUUGGCCCUCUGUGACCCUAUGCAGAGGAUGAAUUGUGAGGUGGACAGCCUUCCCGAGAGCUGCUUUGACAGCGGCUUGUCUACGCUGAGAGACUCCAACGGAUAUGACUCGGAGGUGGAAUACAAGCACCAGAGGGGACUUCAGAGGUCACAUGGCACACAGGAGAGCCUUGGGGGCGACGCUUCAGACAUAGAUGUUCCUGAUCUAAGGGAUGAAGAGACGUUUGGUGCAGAUGGUGUGGCCACCAUGUUAGACUGGAAACCCCAGGGGUCCGCUAGUGAGGGCAGCAUCGUCAGUUCUUCAAGAAAGCCCAUCUCGGCUCUGUCACCACAGACAGACAUGGUGGACGGCGACCCUAAGUCUUCCAGCUCACAGAAGGCUUACAAGAUUGUGCUCGCUGGGGAUGCUGCAGUGGGGAAGUCUAGUUUCCUCAUGAGACUCUGCAAGAAUGAAUUUCGAGGAAAUACCAGUGCCACCCUGGGAGUCGAUUUUCAGAUGAAAACUCUCAUUGUGGAUGGAGAGCGAACAGUCCUGCAGCUCUGGGACACGGCGGGUCAGGAGAGAUUCAGAAGUAUCGCCAAGUCUUACUUCAGAAGAGCAGAUGGUGUUCUGCUACUGUAUGAUGUUACGUGCGAGAAAAGCUUUCUCAAUGUACGAGAAUGGGUGGACAUGAUUGAGGAUGCAACCCAGGAGAGUAUUCCUAUCAUGUUGGUAGGAAACAAGGCUGAUCUCCGUGAUGCCGCCACAGCAGAGGAACAGAAGUGUGUCCCAGGAUACUGGGGAGAAAAACUGGCCAUGACCUAUGGGGCAUUGUUCUGUGAAACCAGUGCCAAAGACGGCUCGAAUAUAGUGGAAGCUGUUCUCCAUCUUGCUCGGGAAGUGAAAAAAAGGACUGAUGAAGAUGACAGCAAAUCCGUUACCAAUCUGACCGGGACCAGUUCCAAAAAGUCAACCCAGAUGAAGAACUGUUGCAAUAGUUAAAUCCCGAACAUCCCUGGCCUGUCAGGUCUUCAGUCCCAGAGUACUGAGUGUCUGUGACUUGUUUGUUUCUCGCAGAGGGGUGCAUCCUCCAGACACAGCCAGGUGGAAAGUUGCAGUGUGGGAAUCUGAACUGUGCUCUUAGAUCCUUCUGGAGCCCCGGCUCUUUGCUCUUUUUCAGUGAAUGAUUGAGGCCCCCUGGUUAAAAGUACUUGUCUUGUCCUUGCAGAGUCUCAAAAGAUAACGUGUAAAAAAAUGUUAAAAAAUCAUAUGCUCAGGGGCACCUGGGUGGCUCGGUCGU